GCCAACCCUGCUCCCAUUAUCGUGAACACAGACUCGCUGGAACAAGGGCUCUCUGUAAACGGCAGCGAUGGGAUGUUCAAAUAUGAGGAGAUUGUCUUGGAAAGGGGUAACUCUGGCCUCGGAUUCAGCAUAGCAGGAGGAAUCGACAACCCCCACGUUCCAGAUGAUCCAGGUAUCUUCAUCACCAAAAUCAUCCCCGGGGGAGCGGCAGCCAUGGACGGCCGUCUGGGGGUGAAUGACUGCGUGCUUCGGGUGAAUGACGUGGACGUCUCUGAGGUGGUGCACAGCAAAGCCGUGGAGGCCCUGAAGGAAGCGGGCCCUGUGGUGCGGCUCGUGGUGCGCCGACGGCAGCCCCCGCCAGAGACCGUCAUGGAGGUCAACCUGAUGAAGGGCCCCAAAGGCCUGGGGUUCAGCAUCGCAGGGGGCAUCGGGAACCAGCACAUCCCUGGGGACAACAGCAUCUACAUCACCAAGAUCAUUGAGGGAGGCGCUGCCCAGAAGGACGGGCGCUUGCAGAUUGGUGACCGGCUGCUCGCGGUGAAUAACACAAACCUGCAGGACGUGCGGCAUGAGGAGGCGGUGGCCGCCCUGAAGAACACCUCUGACAUGGUGUACUUGAAAGUGGCCAAGCCUGGCAACAUCCACCUCAACGACAUGUACGCGCCCCCCGACUAUGCCAGCACAUUCUCAGCCUUGGCUGACAACCACAUAAGCCAUAACUCCAGUCUGGGCUACCUGGGCAGCGUUGAGACCAAGCCUGCCUACCCUGUCCCACCCCAGGUGACUCCAUCCCGGUAUUCGCCCAUCCCUCGGCAUAUAAUCGGGGACGAGGACUUCACCAGGGAACCGCGGAAAAUCAUCCUGCACAAAGGCUCCACUGGCCUGGGCUUCAACAUCGUUGGAGGGGAAGAUGGUGAGGGGAUCUUCGUGUCC